CCUUUUUUUCGUUCUUCUUGGAAAAAUGCAAGCACGCGCGACACCUGUCAGCGGCAAAACAGCCGGCCUGAACAUUACGGAAAGACGGCGAAGAAAGAGGGCCGAAAUUAUUUUCCAAAAGGCCGGAAGAGAUAAACGCCGGACGUGGCACGCAGAUUCCGUUUCGACUUCCGAGGUGAGGGAAAAUGAAAGGGGGCGGGGCUCGGAAAAGGAUUCGAUUGACGCAUGCUUGGAGCCGGUGGCUACACUGGCUGUCCGGCAGCCAGGAACGAGUGGUAAGGUGUUGAGUGUAUCAGCGCGUUGUCGUCGCACACAACAUUGGCUUGAAAAGCUGAAGACCCGCAAGCGGCGUCAUCUGGGCUGGCUGCGGUUCAACCCCAAAGGAAGCGCCCGGAGCCCACGGCUGCGGCAGCGAAGGAAACGAGCGGUCAGCGAAAAGGCGCGAACUGGGCGGACCCCCAUCUCGUGUGUCGUCAUGGAGCGAAACGGCGCCGUCAGCAAACGUCCAGCUGACGACGACGCAUCGUCCGUCGAGUGGCUCGAGCGGUUCCGCCGAGAGAAGCGCCAGCGACGGAGCAUGCGGCAGUGCUACGCCGCAAUUGCCGCUACCGGCGCGAAGAAGUGCUUGACCGCAAAAGAAACGGGGACUCCCGGUGCAUCGUGCGCUAUCAUGCCGGACAGCUUGGAAGCAUGCCGCGGGGACUCGGCGGGGGAACAAGCCCAGGAAGAGGAGCUGAAGAAGCGCACCGAUGGCCAGAGCCGCCCUGAUAUGCUGCUGAGCGGCAUCUUCCGCCCGCCGCCGGAGAUCAACGGCCGGCUAUGCGGAGGGCGCGACGAGCCGGAGCUGCUGGUCACCUGUCCGGAGUCGCGGAGCGCGCCGUUCACGCUCGUGUUGUCAUCGGCAUACGCGCUCUCUCUGCACGUGUGUUUCGCGGCUAGCUCGUGGUGGCUCGUGCAGAGGUACGCGGUGUCUGGAGCUUGCGCGGAAGCUAUCGUCACGCUCUUCCUCGCUCAGCUGUCCAGCCUGCCCCUAUUUGUGGUGGGCGUGUGCCGGCUCGUAGGCCGCCAAUCGCAACCUUCUUCGGGAUGCGUGCUCUUGCUCGUUCUUCACGUGCUCGUCGCCGGUCUGUUCAACAUGGUCCCACUGUUGCAGCUAUUGCUGCGGUUAGUGGACUCUGUGGUGCUAUACAAGACGCGUGGCAAGCAGGACCAGGCUGCUCUGCUCAAGCGCCAGGACGUCAUCACAUUCACCAACGUCAUGUGGGUGGCGACGCUCAGCUGCUUCCCACAGGCGGUGUUCCAGGCAAAGCAGCUCUUCCAGGCGGCCCUGAAUGAACAGACUUACACCAUUCGCUCGUCCUUGUGGCUGCAAGCCGCCAACCUGACCAGCGCCCUUCUGCUGACCUGUUUCGCCUGCCUCAAGUUCAAUAACCGGCUCGUGCAGGUCACCUUCAGCUGGCCCACGCAGCAGUCACUGCUCCGGACGUGCGCCGAGAAUGUCGCCUGGCUGCCGCUCCUCGGCGCCCGCGUGCUCGCCUUUGCCAUACUCGUCGCCAAGGCGCUCGAGCCGACGCACGUCUUCGCCAUAUUCUUCGCCCUGAGCCUGCACUUCGAGUUCCGCCGUGAACGCGCCUCCACGGGCAACCAGCCGCGCGGCUUCCUAAUCGCGGUGGCUGCGAACGUGGCUCGCGCCACAGUCGGCCUGUUCUUCAGGCUGCGCAACUGGCAGGAGCCGCUGGCCGCCAAGCCUUACGUCGUGUACAUAAUCAUGCUUUUUGCGCAAAGCUUCGGCUGCAUCUUCCUACCCUUCUUGCAGCAGUACGGCUUGUCGAUGACCAUGGCCGCGUUUCGUGCUUAUUACGGGGCACCCGUUUUCGUCGCCUGCAUCGCGGUCCACUACGCGUUGCUGGUGAUAGGCACCGCCGGCAUGGUCGCUUGGUACAGACUGGAGCGCGCAGGCGCGUCAGGUUACGGAGCGCUAUGAGUGCAGUAUUUUUUUUUUUUACGCAUUUGUACCGUUGUUGACAGCGUUUUCGUUGCGUGCAAAGCUAAUACCACGCAAACCAUGGCUUCGCAUGCAGAAUAUUCUGGUCACCCGUAAUGUCUCCUAGUUCAUUUGCGCCGAUAAUGCGCACGGUGCGACUUUGCCUAUUGGUCGUCGCUGUAAUCCAAUCUCGGUACCAGCCCUUGUAGACAAGUUUUCGUGGACUCGCUAUUGGUUUGAGUUCAUUUGCACUUGUUUUGUUUACGAUCGGCUAGUCAUGUGUAACUUAAAUAGCUGUAGAAAGUUUGGUUUCCGCAUAAUAAAAAUAAUGCAUUUCGUUUAAGGGCAGUCCCCGUUAAGACCGACCUGCACUGACGUGUGGAACUGGUCCGCCCAAGACUGCAAUUCUCGUUCGAAAAGCCACACGGCUUCAAAAAUAAAACUGUAUGGACGGGA